AUGCUCAAGAAUUACCUCGGACUUGGGGGAGCAGAGACAUCUCCCAGCCCCGCCGAUGACAAUUCCCCAGCACACCCUCUCCCUGCUUCCUGGUAUUCUUCACAGGAUAUACAUGAACUAGAGCGACGGGCCAUCUUCUCCCGGAAAUGGCUUUUGACCACACAUAAACUGCGCUUCCCUAAAACAGGCGACUGGCUCCGAUACGACAUCGCCGGAUACGCCUUUAUCUUGGUGAAAGAUCGUGAGGGAAAUAUCAAUGCUUUCCACAACAUUUGUCGGCACCGUGCAUUCCCAGUGGUUACCGAAGAGGGUGGCAGCUCCGGGAUUUUCUCUUGUCAAUAUCACGGAUGGUCGUACGGCCUUAAUGGCAAACUUGCUAAGGCCCCUGGCUAUCAAGAUCUCCAAGGCUUCGAUAAGAGCAAGAACGGCCUUCUUCCGAUCCAUGUUCAUAUUGAUGUCAACGGUUUUAUCUGGCUCAAUUUGGAUGCCGGUGAGAAGCCCGAGAUCUCGUGGGAAGAUGAGUUCAAAGGAAUCGACCUGCAGCCACGUUUCGACGAUUUUAACUUUGAUGACUAUAACUUCGACCACGCUUGGGAAAUGAGUGGGGAGUACAACUGGAAGAUUCUGGCAGAUAACUACAAUGAAUCUUACGGUCCCUCGAUUUCCAAUCACAGCUCGGAUGCCGCAGAUACCAUAGACGGCAACUCCACAACUGAGGAGGUAGUCAAUGCGCUGAAGAUUGCCAGCACAUAUUAUUUCCCCAAUGCUGUCAUGACUGUCUUGCCCAACUUCUUCGUCAUGCAGCGAAUCGUGUCUACAAGCCCCACCACAUGCUCAGUGCGCUAUGAAGUCUAUCGCCACACGGACUCCAACGACGAAGAGUUUGAAACCAUCAAUGAAACAUACAAGCGUAUUAUGUCCGAGCACAACGAUAUCUGUGUUGAAACACAAAAGAAUCUCAACUCAGGAGCUCUUGUAAAUGCCCAACCCCACUCCAGGGCGGAAGAGGGGCCAGUCUACUUCCAGAAGGUCGUUCGUGACCUGAUCAUGGGGCAUCAUAAGCGGGAAGAGGACGCAGGGGAGGAGAUUUGGCCCGCACGACAAAGAAUGCCCAAGGAAGAGGCAGUGAGCAAAGAGGAUAUGGACUUUUGUUCCAAGUUGACACGCAAGGACGGAUCAGCUUUGACCUCGGGGGGUUGCUGUGGGGGAGGAUGUGGGGGUGGACCUCCUACUAUUGAAGCAACGGCACCUGAAACUAUGGUGGUUUAA